AGCACUGAACUGAGCUAAACUGAGCUGAGCUGAGCUGAGCUGAGCUGAGCUUCCAGACUCUUUGGAGGACAGGAUGGUGCAGCACAUGAGCCAGACAGACACCGCCCACGCUCACUCUCCCGGCGGGGACUCCUCCACCGACACGGGGGACAUGGACCUGGAGAUGGACGUGUCUCCGACCCCCGAGUCCCCGUCCUCCUCCCCGGGGGUCCGGAGCGACUUGGCGUGGUGCAAAACUCCGACUGGGCACAUCAAGAGACCCAUGAACGCCUUCAUGGUGUGGUCGCAGAUCGAGAGGAGGAAGAUCAUGGAGCAGUCUCCGGACAUGCACAACGCGGAGAUCUCCAAGCGGCUGGGGAAGAGGUGGAAGCUGCUGAAGGACGUGGAUAAGAUCCCGUUCAUCAGGGAGGCGGAGCGGCUCAGACUCAAACACAUGGCCGACUACCCAGACUACAAGUACCGACCCAGGAAGAAGGUGAAGUCCGGGAGCGCACCGAGCAAGCAGGCGGAGAAGAGCGCGGAGAAGAGCGGAGAGCGGAGCUCCAAAGCCGGCGUGAAGAGGAGCCCGGCGUCCAGAGGAGGCAGCAGGACGCACAAACAAGGAGCCGCCAAGGACUGCGCGUCUCCCGGGGACCACCAGGCGCUCUUCAAGUCCAGGUCCGUGUCUGGAGCCAGGCAGAUCCCGGAGAAGCGCAGCGGAGAGGCGCGGCGCGGACACGUGUUCUGCGGGGCCGGGAGCCUGGAGAGCGGGCCUCCGUCCGUGGGGGUCCCCGCCAGCCCCACCCUCAGCAGCUCGGCCGAGUUCAGCGACCCUCUCAGCCUGUACGAGGAGCAGAGCCCGGCGGCCACCAGCGAGUCCUCCUCCUCCUCUCACACCGCGCGUCUCAGGUACGCAAGAGCCUCCUCCCCAACACCGUCGGCCUCUCACUCCUCCUCAUCGGUGUCUUCUUCUUCAUCAUCCUCCUCCUCCUCAUCUGAUGAAGAGUUUGAAGACGAGCGGCUCGAACCCACUCCGAGCCCCGGGUUUGAGAGCAUGUCCCUGGGUGGGAUGGGCUUCUCCGACGCGGAGCUGGACCGGGACUUGGACUGGAGCUUCGGGGAGUGCGGGGCUGGAUCUCACUUCGACUUCCCCGAUUACUGCACCCCGGAGGUCAGCGAGAUGAUCUCAGGAGACUGGCUGGAGUCCACCAUCUCCAACCUGGUGUUCACCUACUGAAGAAUGGAGGAAAAACGACCCCCCCAGUCUCCCACACACACACACACACACGUUUAUGAAACUGUUCCAGACCAGAAUAUCUCCCUCAUUCUUUCACUUAGAGAAGAAAGGAGAGGAAACAGGAGAGGAAAAGGUGUCCUGUGUGUGCACGCGCAGACUUGGACAGCUUCUCCGGUGCGCUUCACGGGGACGCGCAGACGGUGGAAAUGCUUAAGUUUGCAUUUUUUGGGCCACAGAGGAGGAGUGAAUGUAAGCAGAGAGCAGUUUUUUUUCUUUAAAAGCUGAAAUGUUCAAACCAACCCGAGGACUGAGACCGGACUCUGAAUCUUAAUGUUGUGUUGGGGGGGGAAGAAAAUAAAAAGGGACAAUUACUGGACAGCGCGUCAUGCUGGGCUUCUGUUAAAGACAUAGCCAAUUCACAUCGACCAUCAAGUUGCUCUUCAGGUGUAGUUUUUUUUCCAAACUCAAAAAACUAGUUUCAAUAUCAACGCGCAUGCCCUCUGAGACGAGGAGGAUUCUGUUGUUGUUGUUUAAAAAAAUGCGUAAAAAAAAUUGUUCAUUGCUGCGUUAAUUACGCAAUUUGUGUGACCAUAUAGGACACAGUUCACUAUCACCAGCUUCUCUUUCAACGGCAGGACUUAAUAACAAAGACUGACUCCAAACUUUUUUUCUUUUCUUUUCUGAAACCUUUGUAAACACUCAGUGGCACAAUUCAGGACCAAUGUCUCCCGACGCGCAUCCUUCUCCUGCCUAGUGCUUCAACUUUGUAGUUCCUCUGUGUCAGAUGACGUUUUUUUUUUAUAUCGAUGUAUUUAUACCGGCCAAACUUUUUUAUACAUAGAAGUAUUGUUCUCGUACAGGUCUCGUUUGUGUUUGUGCACAUAACACCUGUCUGUUAUCCAGCGCGGAAGGGCUAGAAGUGUAUCUUAUUUAAAAUUGUCUGACUUCUCUCACUUUUAAGGAGAUUUGAGUGUGUCAUGAUUUUCUACUUGUAUUUUUGUACAAAAUCUAUAGAAAAAGGGGGGUUUUUCCAGCGAGUGGGUAGCCUACAACAUUGUUGUUUGGGUCUACAUUGGUGUUUUAGACGUGCAGAGGGGGGGUUUGUUUGGCACAAUCUGACCUCACACAGUGUUUACAGUAUUUACCCACAUGCUUCUUAAUGGCACAGUGACUCCAGUUUCACCAGCCAAGUAAACAAAGCACCACUGAGGCUCCAAGUCUGAGUGGUGACUGUUUCCAGUACACAUAGACCUAAAGUAUACGAGUGUAAGAUCCCAGAGAGUCACUGUUUGGAUAGA